GUUUUAAGCUAAAAUAUUGUUGUGAAAAUUUCGUCUCCGAGUGGAAAGUGAAGACAGUGUGAAAAUAUGAUAAGAAAACGACCGUCUGCAGUGCUGCAGUUACUGCUGCCGCUGAUGGCGUUGACCAUCGGUUCGACUCUGGCACAAGCCGUGAAAGCGGAAAAUAAAGCAUCAGUCGAUUCGUCUGCAAUCUUGGAAAGCGUAAUGUGCAUGGUCCGACCGAACCCCAUGCAAUGCAUACGACAGCAAGCCGGCCGGAUGCUGUCCAACUGGGAGGACAUCCUCGAGACGAAGAAGCUUGAAAUGAUGGGGGAAGCCGAUGAGGAGUUCCAACGACGUACCGAGCAACGAGGUUUGAGUAAAGAUGACGACAAACAAGCCAAGCAGAGUCCCUCGAGCCUAAUGUCGCAGGUCGAGGAAGGACUGGCAACCAUUUCGGAAUUUGUCUCGGACGGUGUCGACAGCUACGCCUCGGAGGGCUCAACCAAAGACGUCGAAGGUGGCCGACCCAAGAAGCACCUGCAUCACAUCAUACACAAGAUAGGUAACGACGGCGGCAACGGUACCACCGAGGGUCUUGCACGAAGCGAUUUGGAUGAUGAUGUGACCGGUUUGGUGGAUUAUGGAUUUGGCGCCGGGCCGGAAAAAGCUAUCGGUAGAGGCAAGCAAGAGGGUGACCAGAGUUUAGGUUACGGUGGUGAUCAAAACGGUAGCGUUGGAGGUGGGUCAGAUUCAGUGAAGGAAGGAGGAGAAGAAGAUGAAGACGAACAGGAAACUGGCCGCUUCGACAGCGGCGAAGGAGGCUUCGGUGGAUCCCGUCGCAAACGCAAGGGUAAGAAGAAGAAGACCUUCAUGAAGCUGUUCAUCCUGGGAGCCGCCUUGAAGGGCAAGAUCGAACUCCUGCUGAAGGUCCUGUCGUUCCACCUGCAGCUCAAGUUUUUCGCCAUCGCCGCCAUCGGUUUGCUGAUCAACAUUGCCCGCUUCUGGAUCGACCUCAAGAAACACCCGUCACCGCAAAAAGUAAUCUACUACGAGCACGCCCAGCAUCAGCAUCACUACGACGAACAUGGCGAUGACUACGGUGGCUACUGGAAGCGUUCCCUCCACGGAGUGCACGACGACGACAGUACCAGUAGCAGCAAUGGCUUCUACGACCGGAACGAUCGUGUCGAUGACGAAUACGCGGCCCACCGAGCCUAUCCGCAGCCGCAGCAGCAGCAGCAGCCGCAACAUCCUCACUAUGUCCAGCAGCAGACGCCCAACAGUCCUAGCCACUAUCCGUACGACCCGCACAGCAUGGCGUACCACCAGCAGCGGCCAUAUGCCUAACCGGUGACUUCCCUGUGUCCCUGAAGGCCCACUUGUUUUGUACUCUUCUUCUACUCUACUUGAUUCUAACAACUAUGUAUUCCCAAGUCUCCUGCAUCACUCAUCUCAUUUCAUUCAUCGCUUCAUACCGCUUCAUUCAUAUGUACAAAUUUUAGAAGAGCCAUUCUUCGGGUUACCUUCCGAUACCCACCCCCACCAGCACAUUCCCCACUAAACAGUAGUAGAGCCAGCCCACGGAAUGUAGAACAUUGUUGUCAUUAGCUAUUAGUUUUGUUAAAUUGUGCAGUGCUAAACGGAGUAGAAGAGUGUUUGUUUAAUUGCUAGGUUAUUUAAUUAUUUAUUUAUUUAUUUGAAUUGUGAAUUGAUGGUAGUGCCGAAAGGGAAAGUGUGCCCGGAACGCACAGCAGCUAGUUAGCGACUGCGGUCGAACGAAAACGAUUUGAAAGUGUUCGAAUAAACGGAGAAGAUUUCUCACGUGGACAAUA